UGUAAUCUCUUCCAAGGGUUUCUGGACCAGGAGAUAUCCGCAGCCUUUCCCACUGGAUUCGUAUGCCAUGACCAUCGUUGUAGCGCACUGAGACACUUGCAUGCAACAUACUGCAGCUUCACGCGAUCACAUCCUGAUCGUCGUUUUGCCCGUCACACUUACCAAUUGCUAACCUUGCGUUUUAAGAUGUCCGUAACAUUACCCACGUGUUCAACUAUGACUACCCCAACAACUCGGAGGACUAUGUCCAUCGUAUUGGUCGAACUGCUCGUGCUGGUACAACCGGUACUGCUAUCACGCUCUUCACCCCUGAGAACUCCAAGCAGGCCCGUGAUCUCGUGCAGAUUCUUACAGAGUCCAAGCAACAGAUUGACCCUCGCCUACAUGAGAUGUGCCGCUACGGUGGCGGCGGAGGCGGUGGCGGUCGCUGGGGAGGUGGCCGCGGCCGAGGUGGAGGCCGCGGUGGUGGUGGCGGUCGUGGUGGCUGGAGCGGAGGCAACUCUGACCCCAUUCGCAACAGCCGCUGGUAAACUCUUGACCACGACAUCAUUUGCAACGAGAUCGAGAAGCUUCACUGCACACUCGCACGGCGUUCAUGAUAGACAUUUCUUUCGUUCAGGAUCGCUUCAUUCGUUCCUCUCUUGUGCGACUCGCGCGCAAGAAUUCAGUACCUGACCAGUCUUUGUCGAUGUAUGCUGAUACCCCGAAGGAAACAGAGCACUGGUCGUCAUGGGAGGAUAAGGUUGGUAACGCAGUACGGCACAUCCAUUUGUUAGACUGAUAUUGCCCCCUUUCUUCGAGGCCACCAGACGCGACCUUAAGUUAUCACUCUGGCUGGUCGCUUUGCAUCGUGGAGCAGGUGGCGUUUACAUUUCAAAAGUUUCUGUCAAGUAAUAGUUUACAUAUAGAAUACACUUUUUCCAACCGCACUGGCU